UUAUCUGUUCCGGAUCGUUCCUUGAGUAUUGCACAAUUUAUGCGGUUGGUUAGGUUAUAAAUUUUUAUUUUAGUCAUUGAAACUUAAUAAAGUCUCGAUUAACGAUGGCGCAGAGUAAGUUUAAUGAUAUGGCAGGAAAGUUUGCUAAAGGUGGACCCCCUGGUCUUGGCAUCGGCUUAAAAGUGGCAGCUGUAGUUGGAGCAGCGGCCUAUGGUGUUUCACAGUCCUUAUUCACCAUUGAAGCUGGUCAUCGUGCAAUAAUGUUCAAUAGAAUAGGAGGCGUGCAACAGCAUGUUAUGACAGAGGGCUUACAUUUCCGAAUCCCAUGGUUUCAAUAUCCCAUUAUAUAUGAUAUUAGAUCACGACCCCGAAAAAUUUCAUCACCGACAGGAUCGAAAGAUUUACAAAUGGUAAACAUCUCGUUGAGAGUGCUUUCACGUCCUGAUGCUAACAACCUAUCUAUUAUGUACAGACAACUCGGUACCGACUAUGAUGAAAAAGUAUUGCCCUCGAUCUGCAAUGAAGUUUUAAAAUCGGUUGUAGCCAAAUUCAACGCGUCACAACUUAUCACUCAGCGACAGCAAGUGUCAUUAUUAAUAAGAAGAGAGUUGGUAGAAAGAGCAGCUGACUUUAAUAUAAUUUUAGAUGAUGUCUCACUCACUGAGUUGAGUUUUGGAAAAGAAUAUACAGCUGCUGUAGAAGCCAAACAAGUGGCUCAACAAGAAGCUCAGCGUGCUGCUUUUGUAGUUGAAAGAGCAAAGCAGGAGCGUCAACAAAAAAUUGUACAGGCUGAGGGAGAGGCUGAAGCUGCUGAGAUGUUAGGUAAAGCUAUGGGUAUGAGCCCGGGAUACCUGAAACUAAGAAAGAUCCGUGCAGCUCAGAGUAUUUCAAGAAUGCUUGCUCAGUCUCAGAAUAGAGUAUUCCUUCCUGGCAACAGUUUGAUGAUCAACCUCCAAGAUCCCGCCUUUGAUGAUUUGUCAGAAAAGCUUACAAAAAAGAAGUAACAUGAGGCUGAGAAAGAGUAUGCCAUAAGCCCCGAGCCUGCAACUACUCUUUCUGAUGAUGAAACUGCACUAAUAAUAAGUGGUGUUGCUUCAGCAGUUAAUUAGCAUUUGUUUACCAUAUAUGCAUUUUCUGAUGUGUAUAAAGUUACAUGUUUAAAAGUUCUGUAUGAUGCAUUUUAUGUUACUUAGUUUGUAGGGGUUAGAAUGUAUGAAAAUCAGUUGCAAUAAAAGUAAAAAAAAUAA